GGUUGGCGACGUCGUUGACUUGCAAACGGCGAGGGAUGAGCGAGGAGGAGAUGCAAGAGGCUUACCGGAAAUUCGCCAGACUGCAAGGAGUGCUGCUCACUCCCAAACACGUGGCAGACGCCGUCUUGUUUCUCGUUUCUGAUGAUUCUGCCUUUGUCACUGGCCUUGAUCUUAGGGUCGAAUGGGACAAACCCGGGACAGCCCCCUUGAAGAGGAAAUCCGAGGUUAGGGUUCUGAGGAUGUCCAAAGGUGUGACCCCAUCCACGGUUCUCACAUUGGUCCAGCAGCACCGCCACCAUGUCCGGCGACACCAUCUCCGCCGCAAUGUGGAGCGGCGUCUUCCUGGCGGGGCCAGAGGGGUAGUUCACAGACUAGCAUGUUAG